GACUCGGCCAGUUCCUGGCCAUCGCUCUAGUAUCUCUGCCACACCCAGCGUCCGGCUAAUCCGCGGUGGUAGAAUUAUCCACCGCUUGCUCCGCGACUUUACGCACUUGGGGAACAUGUCCGAUGAUGGCUGAAUAGCUUCCUCCUGAUCGUGAGAUACGGCUGCUGUAUCAAUUUGCAUAUAAAGUACUUGUCCCUCCGCAGGGAUCGUCACUUUAUUCACUCAAUCCAGUCACUUCCUUUCUUUCCAUCCCCUCCGUCCUCCCUUAGCUUUACAGGAUGAAGGCUUCCUGGUCUUUUGCAGCAUCUGUCGCUGCUCUCGCCUCCAAGGCCGUCGCUUCUAGCGACUGCCACUGCCUGCCCGGCGAUAGCUGCUGGCCCUCGACCUCCAGCUGGGACUCCCUCAACAACACUGUGGGCGGUCGCUUGGUUGCGACUGUUCCCAUUGGUACUCCUUGCCAUGACCCUAACUACAAUGGCGCCGAGUGCACGAACCUGCAGGAUGACUGGUACUUGCCGCAGACUCACUUGGUCUCUUCUUCAUCUGUUAUGCAACCCUACUUUGCCAACCAGAGCUGUGAUCCUUUCCAGCCUGAGUCCCGGCCCUGCCUGCUUGGCAACUACGUGAGCUACGCCGUCAACGUCUCCACGACCGACGAUGUUGUUGCUGCGGUCAAGUUCGCCCAGGAGAACAACAUCCGUCUCGUGAUCAGGAACACCGGUCAUGACUACCUUGGCCGUUCCACCGGUGCUGGUGCCCUGGCCAUCUGGACUCACUACCUGAACGACGUCGAAAUCACAGAGUGGUCGGAUUCCACCUACGCGGGUUCGGCUGUCAAGCUGGGCAGUGGUGUCACGGGCUACAAUGUGCUCGAUGCUACUCACGGAAAGGGAAUUGUUGUCGUCGGCGGCGAAUGCCCUACUGUCGGCCUCGCUGGUGGAUACACCAUGGGCGGCGGUCACUCCGCCCUGAGCACUGCCUUCGGUCUGGGUGCUGACCAGACCCUGUCCUUCGAGGUUGUCACCGCUUCGGGCGAGGUCAUCACGGCCUCCCGGACCAACAACACCGAUCUGUACUGGGCCCUCAGUGGUGGUGGUGCCGGUAACUUCGGUGUUGUCACCUCUCUCACCGUCAAGGCCCAUCCCGAUGCCACCAUCUCCGGUGCUGCGCUCGAAUUCACCAUCGCCAACAUCACCUCCGAUCUCUUCUACGAGGCUGUGGAGCGCUUCCACACCUUGCUGCCCGCCAUGGUUGAUGCCGGCACCACCGUCAUCUAUGAGAUGACCAACCAGGUCUUCCUCAUCAACCCCUUGACCGCCUACAACAAGACCACCGCUGAGGUCAAGACCAUCUUGUCUCCCUUCCUCUCUGCUCUGACCGACCUGGGCAUCGAGUACACCGUCGCUUACACCCAGUACUCCUCUUACUACGACCACUACGAGAAGUACAUGGGACCCCUCCCCUACGGCAACCUCGAGGUCGGCCAGUACAACUACGGCGGCCGCCUCCUCCCCCGUGACACCCUUACCUCCAACGCCGCCGAUCUCGUCUCCGUCCUCCGCAACAUCACCUCCGACGGUCUCAUCGCCGUCGGCGUCGGCCUGAACGUCACCAACUCCAACGACACCGCCAACGCCGUCUUCCAGCCCUGGCGUAACGCCGCCGUGACCAUGCAGUUCGGUUCCACCUGGAACGAGACUGCCCCUUGGUCCGAGAUGGUCGCCGACCAGCUGCGCAUUGCCCACGACUACAUUCCCCAGUUCGAGGCCGUGACCCCUGGCUCGGGCGCCUACGAGAACGAGGGCAGCUUCCGUCAGCAGAACUGGCAGAAGGAAUUCUUCGGCGAUAACUACGCCCAGCUCUGCGAGGUCAAGGAGAAGUAUGAUCCCGACCAUGUCUUCUACGUCACCAAGGGUGCCGGUAGCGAGUACUGGUCUGUGGCCGAGUCGGGUCGCAUGUGCAAGACCCAGCAGGCGUGCGCUGCUGUUUGAAAAAAAAAUCUGUAACAUACCCGUACGUAAUGUUUAUAUGUGGUUGUUUCCUGUACAUACAGUUUCGAGCUGGCGCUGUUGUAUAGACGAUAGAUUACGGCUUUCAUAGACUAAUAAUGUCUUGGUUUUUCUUACGUGAUUCAUAAUUUAUCCUCUCAGUAAACAGAAUACCCUUAAUGUUAUUCUCA